GGGUUGGAGCGUGUGAUGUGGCAUGAGUAACAGCACAAUAGUGACAGCAGGGCAUGGAGUUUUGGACUUUGUCUGCUUCAUCAGAGCUCUGUAGUCUGUAUAUAUAUAGAAACCUGAUUACCUGCUUAACAUACACUCACACUCCGGGAGAAGGAAACAAGAGACAUCUUGGGUCUGUUAGACAUCUAGCCAUGAAGGUCCUUGUGGUUCUCACUCUUGCUGUUUUUGCUGGCUGCCAAGCCAACCUGCUGUGGCAGGACCAGCCCAAGCCCAGUAUGGAGAUCGUGAAAGAUGCCUUCUGGGAUUACGUCGCCAAGGCAACUCUGACAACUGAAGACAUUCUGAAGAAGAUCAGAGAGUCUGAAAUGGGACAGGAAGUCAAUGCCAGGAUCUCCGAGAGUGCCGAUGCCGUUAGCCAGUAUGCCGUGACCGUUCGUAGCCAGAUGACACCUAUGACCCAGGAUCUGCUGGCCAAGAUUUCCCAGGAAGCAGAGCAGCUGAAGGUACGCCUGCAGCAGGACCUGAGCUCUGUGCAGUCCCAGCUGGAGCCCUACAUCCAGGAACUCUCAUCCAACCUCCAGGAGCAGGUGGAGCAGCUGAAGAAGGAUGUGGCUCCCUACACUGACAUGGACUCCGAGGCUCUGAAAGCCACUCUGCUGCAGAAGAGCGAGGAGAUGAGGGCCGGUCUGGAGAAGAGCAUGAGGGAGAUGCAGGCCCAGCUGGAGCCCCAGGCUGAGGAGCUGAAGCAGAAAAUGGAACAGCACAUGCAGGAGUUCCAGAAGACCAUGAUCCCAAUGGCGGAGAACUUCCAAGACCAGCUGGCACAUAAAGGACAGGAGAUGCAGAAGCAGUUGGAUCCCUAUGCUGAGGAUCUGAAGGCCCAGCUGACCACCCUCUGGGAGUCUUUUGCUAAAAUCAGCCAGUAAGACAUUUUGUCUGCUGAGAUUCUCAAAUCCCAGUUACACAAUGGACUUGCAGAAUUGCUGUAAAAUAAUAUCUGAUAUGAAGUUUUUUUGAAAAUAUGUUGUUCUCAUAUAUUUAUCACUGUUGCUCAGUUUGUGUUUUUAAAGGAACUGAAAUAAAAUAUUGUCCACAACAGUA